GAAGGAAAGCUGCCAAAAGGUGACAAAAGCUGUGGAGGAUGCCGAAAUUAAGACCAGCAUGCUAGAAGAAAACUCAGCCCUCUUGGAGGAGAAACUGCAUAACUUGCAGCAACAGGUUCAAGUAGAAGACUUUCGUUGGAAAUGGAUGCUGGAGCUAGCCCAGAAGGAGGUGUUGCGGCUAUUGGCUCAGCUGGGGAUACGCUUGGAGGGAGUGCUUCCCCAGCAGGAAAGGACACAAGUGGAACAAGGCCAAGCACUCAGGAUGCUGCGGGAGGAACUGGAUGAAGUUUCUGCCACGUAUGUGUCUCUCUUGAGCAAAGAGGCUCCCUUUUCUUGAAG